UUUUCAUUGGUUGUUAGAAGGACCACGUGAACGUGCUGAGAAGAAGGCACGCGAUGAAGGCGCACAAGAAAGGCACAGUCAGCUGCCUAACGUCCGGUUGGCUAGUUCGAAGCCAGCUCGUUCUUAUCAAGGUAGACGCGCGUAAGAAGCAGGCACCAACAUGGCGGACGAUGAGAGGAAGCGUCUUGAGGAUGAAAAGAAGAGGAAACAGGCGGAGACCGAUAGGAAGAGGGCUGAGGUCCGAGCCCGCCUCGAAGAGGCUUCCAAAGCUAAGAAGGCUAAGAAAGGUUUCAUGACCCCUGACAGGAAGAAGAAACUCAGGCUCUUGUUGCGUAAAAAAGCUGCGGAAGAAUUGAAAAAGGAGCAAGAAAGAAAAGCCGCUGAAAGAAGACGUAUCAUCGAGGAACGUUGUGGAAAACCAAGGAACGUCGAUGAUGCUAACGAAGCCAACGUCAAGUCCAUACUGAUCCAGUAUCAUAAGAGGAUCAACGUUCUCGAGGGGGAGAAGUACGACCUUGAAUACGAAGUUGCCAAGAAGGAUUUUGAGAUCGCUGACUUGAACAGCCAGGUGAAUGACCUUCGAGGUAAAUUCAUGAAGCCAACUCUGAAGAAGGUUUCGAAAUACGAGAACAAAUUCGCCAAACUUCAAAAGAAAGCGGCCGAAUUCAACUUCCGUAAUCAAUUGAAACAAGUCAAGAAGAAGGAGUUCACUCUCGAGGAGGAGGACAAAGAGAAUGCGUCAAAAGAUAAGAAAAAACCUGACUGGUCGAAGAAGGGCGACGAGAAGAAGGAACCCGAAGCUCCACCUCCACCUCCAGCGGAAGCUCCUAAGAAACCGGAACCUGCACCCGCUCCUGCACCAGCACCAGAACCUGCACCAGCGCCACCUGCUGAGCCACCAGCACCCACACCUGAACCUGCUCCUCCAGCGGCUGCUCCACCACCUGAAACUGCUCCGCCAGCUGAAGGUGCUCCACCAGCUGAAGGUGCACCACCACCACCUGCCGAAGGAGCUGCCCCACCUCCAGCUGAAGGUGCACCACCUCCAGCCGAAGGAGCACCACCAGCUACCGAAGGUGCACCACCAGCCGAAGGAGCACCACCUGCAGCGGCCCCAGCUGAAGGAGCUCCACCAGCAGAAGGUGCUCCUGCUCCAGCUCCUCCCGCUGAAGGUGCACCACCAGCGGAAGGAGCACCACCAGCUCCAGCUCCAACGACCGAAGGUGCAGCUCCUCCGGCAGAACCAGCAGCAGCAGCGGCUCCAACGGAUGCAGCUCCAGCAGCAGCACCACCCGCGGAUGCUUCAGCCACACCAGCGGCAGCUCCACCAGCUGAUGCUGCAGCACCAGCUGCACCGGCACCAGCUGAUGCCGCCGCACCACCAGCGGCAGCUCCACCAGCAGAAGCUCCACCUGCGCCAGCGCCUACUGAAACUAAUCUUGUUUUGAUUUUGAGAGUUACAAUCGUCAUCAGAGGAACAAUUUCAUCAACAAAUAGAGCUAAGUACAUCACGAAUGCACCUGCCUCGUAAUUUCGUCGAGACGGUCAGCGAAGGACGAAGAUUUAAUCUUCGUUGACCACAGCGAACACAUCGGCACUAUUCUUCUUUUAUCGCCAUUGACUGUCAUCGUCGUCGUCGACGCCAUUGUUCGUCGUGAUCAUCCUUGUGAAGAAGACAUGAACGAAAAGGAAGGAGCGUCUUAUCGUCGACUACGAUAACACUGUAACGAAUGUCAUGUCCUUAGCAAACGAAAACAUUCUAUACGAUUUACAUUUUACCUUAAACGGUCGUAACGUUCGUUAAAAUUCUUCUAUGCGAAAUAGAAACAAAUCGUAUCGAAUGUUACACAUGAGAAUUUUUGUGCCGUUAGCUUUGUAAAUAAUUCACGGCACGUUCGUCUACGCGAAAGUUCCGCGCGUAGAUAUACAUACAUACAUACAUACAUACAUACAUACAUACAUACAUACAUAUAUAUAUGUAUGUAUGUAUAUAUAUCUAUGUAUUGAUACACUGAAUACUGUUUCUUUAAAAAAAAAAAAUAAUAAGAAAUUGGAUUUAUAAUAAAAGCUCAUCAUCGAUCAUUGUACUUGCAUCGAUCAAAAUUGAACGAAAUUAUUUUUUAACUGACGUCUCAACUAGAUAAGUUUUAAAGCAAUACGUAAUUAUGCAUUUACCCAGAUAAAAUUUCACUAAAUCUGAAGAGUACGCAGAAAAAGUAACAGAUCUAAUUUCUUUAUCACUUCCUUUCGCAAGCGUAUGCUAUCAAGAGAUUGAAUUAUGUUGUGUCCUCUUUAACGUUACGUAACGAGAAGAAAAAGGGAACUUGUGUGUCGGUACAACGUCGUAAACGAAGGAUCGCGUUUAAAUCGAAUCGCUCUAUGCGAUAACUAGCAAAGCAGCAUUUGAUAUCUCGAUAAACGCUAUGGGAAGAAGUUAGAUAUAGUGCCGGUGUGCACGGUAGUAGUGGGGAGAAUAGAGAACGGAAUCGGCUGAGAGUACAGUGAGGUGGAAGGGAGGGGGAACUCGGCGCGCCACGAGUCCGUCAGUCGCGCUCGAGACUCCGAGGUGGGAGGUUUGUUUUAUCGUUCCGCGAUUUUGUAUCGUCGUUGUCGUCGUUCGAAACGUCGUUGCCACUGUGAACCGCGCGUUGCUUAUUAUAUUCUUCCUUAAAGACAUUUCUCAAAUAGAUAUAAACUUAAACUUUU